GCCGCUCGCUCUCGCAGGCGGGACGACGAGGCGAGGCGACGCGGAGCUGGGCGGGGUGUCUCGGGGCUGAGAGGAGGUGACCCCGCGAAAGGAGGAUGGACAGAAGAAAAAGGUAUAAUAAAUCAUCAUUGAUCAAGAUGUCUUCAGCACCUGAGCCUCCAACAUUCAAAAGAGAAGCACCCAAAGAGAAAGACUUUGAAAGCCCAGGGCUCAGAGGGGUGCGCACAACAACCUUAUUUCGUGCUGUGAAUCCAGAGCUCUUCAUUAAACCUAACAAACCUGUAAUGGCUUUUGGAUUGGUAACUCUUUCACUUUGCGUGGCAUAUAUUGGUUAUCUACAUGCAACACAAGAGAAUAAGAAGGACCUCUAUGAAGCUAUUGAUAGUGAGGGGCACAGUUACAUGAGGCGGAAAACAUCUAAAUGGGAUUAGUAGUGCUGGUUACUGCAGAUGGAUCUUUAUUAAGGGCUCUGAAAUCUUCAACGGAAAGACUUUAUGAGUGUGCAGUAUCAUGUUUCUUGUUCUAGAAUAUGCUAAUGAAGAGAGAAGAUAGCAAUUGCAAGUGUACAACUGUCAUAAAUUUUGUCCUUUCACAGCUGCAGCCAUUAUCUCAUUCUUUUUCCACAGAGUAAGCUUCAUAAUAUUUUCCUUUCCUUAAAUCCUCUUAUAAAAGUGCCAUGAGAAUAGAAGUUGUUUUUGUUAAUUAUUAAAUUCUGUAUAAUGAAAGUACCAUGCUGUUAAAUUUGCAUGAUGUUUUAAAUAUUUUAAGUUAAUUACGCUGGUGCAACUGUCAUGAGAGUUUAGUUGUAUUUUGCUAUUUGCAAAAUAACCAUGUUCUUCCUGGCGUAGAACUUACAUUUUUAAAGAAAGAGAAAUAGAAAUUUUAAAGCCUAAGGUCAGUAUUAAAAAUAUGAGAUAUGAAAAACUGAGUUGGCUCUGACAAGUAGUUUUUAUAGUGUCACAAAUGGUUCAUAUAUUUCAGUUUCUAUUUUAGCUAUUUUUGGCCCAGAAUUUUAUUUUAAUUAAAAAGAUUCUUCCACUCAGCUACUAAAAUAAAGAUUAAAUAAAAUAAUAUCCCAGAGUAAUUGGAGGUUUUUUUUUUAAAAAAAGUAUGUUAUAAUGAGGUAUGAUGUUUUUGACCAUAACUAAAUAUUACCUGUUAUAAACAUAAGACCAAAUAUACUUACAGUUAAUUUAAAAACUAGAACUACUCAAUAGAUAAGAAAUAGAUAAGGUCUCCUUAUUGUACCAGGUUUACCUUACAAAUUUUAUUUUUCUUUUGAGGUUUAUAUGCCAGCAGACUUUUUUGUUUUUUUCUUUUCAGAAUGUUUCUUAUUCUCUGAAGCAUUCUUUAAUGGAAGUGGGGACAGAAAUGAGGCUACAAAUGAGUCUAAACAAAGCCCAGCCCCAUAAUCAGCACCCACUGGAGGCAGGCAGCAGAAAGGCCUUGGCUGUCCUGGCACCUGGCCCAGGGACCUAGGACAGAGGUCAAGGCUUGGUCCCUAUGUCUGGCCAGAUUCUGCCUUAUAGAAUUCAAAUCUUUCUCACAAGGGUUCUGGACCUGUUUCAUUUCUAGAUGUAUACCUAAUUCUCCAAUUUGUUGUAAUUGGGCCUCAGUAGUAAAUCUCACCUCUGAAGUUUUGCUUCAGUUGUUAUUAAUAUUUCCAAGUAAUAAUAACAGCACAAGUAGAGUUUAUCAUAAUGCUAUUUUUAAUUUGUCAUACUUUAUUGUGGUUUUGCAAGGUACAUGAAAUUGUAAUUACAUGUGAUUUGUAAAUAUUAAAAAUUAAUUGAGUUUACAUGGAACUAAAUAAAAUCUUUACUACUGAGCCCCAAAUAUUUAUAUAUUUAUUUGCUAUUCCUCUCUGUAUAAGGUACUUCAUAUAGUUUAAAAUGCACUUCACUGAAACAAAAUGCCUUUUCAUUUAAAGAUUGUCUUUUGAUUUUGGUUUCCCUAUGUAUUUUGGUUGCCACAGAACUAGGGUUCUUCUGUUUUUAACUUAUGCAUUUAAUGUUACAUUGGUACCUUUUAGAAUUUUUAACUAUUCAACAGAAUAAGUUGACGUUUGGUGGCAGAGGAGGUAUUAGGUGCGUGAACUAUCAAAAGAGUGCAGGGCAGAAGGGCAGCAGAAACUAUACAAGGUACAGCCUUAAGUCAUGUAACGUGUAUGUGAAUGAACCAGAGUAACUAGAGUCAGUCAAGCACAGAGCUGUGAAAAGUAGUGUGAGGAGAGAAUCAUAUUGAAUUUUAGGAACAAUUACCUAACUAUGAUACUUUUUACAGAGUGGCUACAAGUUGUAGGACAGUCUUUGUGUAUGCCGAGUGUCAAAGGCUGCCUGGCUAUGUGUUGAUAUUUUCAUCCUUUCUCUGUUGAAUUAGGGUAUAGCCAUCAAAAAUAAAACACCUUUUAAAUAG